AUGUCCAUCCCCCAGAACACCAACCCCGCCGAGACCUUUGCCGAGUUGACCAAGUCCGACCCGAAGGUGACCUCGCUUUUCGACUCGCACUUUUCCAAACCCGCCUCUGCCGAUCGCGUCAAUGCGGCCAAGGCCGGGUUGGAGAAGAACGGGUUCAAGGUCCAUGUGGUCAACACCCGUGCUGAUGCCUUUGAGGCCGUCAAGAACCUCAUCCCUGCUGGCGCCUCGAUCAACAACGCCCACUCGACCACCUUGGAGGAGAUCGGAUUCAUCACCUAUAUCAAGGGCGAUACUCCCUGGAAGAACAUCCAUGGCACCAUCGUCCAAGAAAAAGAUCCCGAAAAACAAGCAGACAUCCGCCGCACCCUCGGUUCAACCGUCGAUUACUACCUCACCUCCGUCGCUUCCGUCACCGAGACCGGCCACUUGGCCCAUGGUGACUUGUCGGGAUCCAAGGUGGGCCCCGUUGCGUUCGCAGCCGGCAAAGUGAUUGUAGUUGCGGGGUCGAACAAGAUUGUAAAGGAUGAACAGGAGGCCUGGAAGAGACAAAAGGAGCAUGCUUUGCCGUUGGAGAGUGCUAGGGUUAGGAUUGCGUAUGGAUUGCCUCAGUCCAACAUUACCCAUUAUGAGUAUAUUAGGACCAGCUCGCCCUUUAAUGCUAACCGCAUCCAAGUUAUCCUCGUCAACGAGGCUUUGGGAUACUAA